AUGAUGAUCAAGUUCAUUGUCUUUUGGACUCUCCUGAACUUGCCAGUUGCUUUGCCUUUCAAUCCACAUUACAAAAAUGGCCAUAUGGCUCCACCCUACCUGGCCUACCUGAAAUCGGACUACCUGCCCUGUGCGGGAGCCCUGGUCCACCCACUCUGGGUGAUCACCUCAGCCCACUGCAACCUACCAAAGCUGAAGGUUGUCCUGGGGGCAACAAAUCCAGGAGACCCCAGUGAAGACCACCUGCAAGUGGUCAAGUACGAGAAGAUGAUCCACCACCCCUACUUCACAGUCACCUCCGACGAGUACGACAUCAUGCUGAUCAAGCUGGAAAAAGAGGUUCACCUCAAUGACUACGUCAAGCUGGUCAACCUGCCCCACCAGGACGUCCCUGAAGACACCAUGUGCACGGUCUCUACCUGGGCCUACCACCUGUGUGACAUCUCUGAAGACCCGAACUCCAUGCAGGAGGUUAACAUCACCGUGCUCUCCAGGGUUGAGUGCCAGGACGCCUACAGGACCCACCCCAUCCGAGAGAGCAUGCUGUGCCUGGGUAUCGUGCCGGGAAGGAGACAGCCCUGCAAGGAAGUCACAGCUGCCCUCGCAGUCUGCAAUGGAACCCUCCACGGCAUCCUGGCUUUUGCAGAUGGGUGUGUACUGAGCGAUGUUGGCAUCUAUACCAGAAUCUUCACCUACAUGUCCUGGAUUAAAAAUACUAUCAAAAAAUACUGA